UCCGGGUACAGGCGCUGUGGCUCCCUGGGGGGUGCAUCCCGUCAGGGUGCAGGCGCUGUGGGCAGCCCUGGGGGGCGCUUCCCCGUCCGGGUGCAGGAGCUGCGGCAGCCUUGGGAGGUGCAUCCCCGUCCGGGUGCAGGCGCUGUGGGCAGCCCUUCGGGGCGCUUCCCCGUCCGGGUGCAGGAGCCGCGGCAGCCCUGGUGGGUGCUUCUCUGCAGCCUAGCCGGCGCCGGGCUCGGCACUGUGCUCGCGGGCCCUGGGCGGCAGAGGGCAGUGCGGGACCGUAGAGCUGGGGAGCUCCCGCCUGCGGCUCGGAGCCCCGAAAUUCCCUCCAGUCUCGCCCCCGCCCGCCCCGCGCUCCCGCCCUGCAGGACGCGCCCUCCUGGGUGCGGAGCGUCGCCGCGCGGUCUCCCCGGUGCAGCUGCAGCCUGCUGAACCUGGGGACAUGGCGUCGGACAAAGGCCGUCUUGGCAGCCAGCCAGAGCCAGACCUGGAGCCAGAACCAGAACCAGAACCAGGGCCAGGGGAUUCCAACUCGAGCCUGCUGCACACAGCCCCCCGGCGAGGCCCCCGGAGUUUACCUCCAAUCCCUUCAGCUUCCAGAACAGGCUUUGCAGAAUUUGCCAUGAGGGAACGCAUGCGGGAGAAAUUACAGGCUGCAAGGUCUAAAGCAGAAAGUGCUUUGCUGCAGGACGCCCCCAGGGCCCCGCCCAGGCGCCUGAGAAGCCCCAAGGAGGAGGAGGCAGAGACUGAAUUUGGCUCGGAGCCAGGAAAAGAGAUAGAAAGAACUCAACAAGAUGACUCCAAAAGUUAUUCAAGAUUGAAGUUCCGUGAUUCUGUACGAAAAAUUAAGUCUAAACCCUCGGUUCCACCUGGCUUCCCUUCUGCCGAAGAAGCCUAUAACUUCUUUACUUUCAAUUUUGAUCCGGAACCAGAGGAACCAGAGGAAAAACCAAAAGCCAAAGGUACACGUGGAGCUACCCACGAGGAGGAAGAAGGAGAGGAAGAGGAACCAGCCAUUCAAGAAGAGGAUGAGGAAGAUCUGCAUGACGGAGAAGCUGAGGAUUCCCUCCUGGGCUUAGAUCAGAUGGCCGAAGAUUUUGUGGCCAUCAGACCUGCAGAAUAUGAAAGUGUCCAUGUUCGGCUGCAGAUGGAGAAAGAGCUCCUGUUUGUUCCCAGUAGGACAGCAGUCCCGACCUACAAGAAGCUGCCCGAGAACGUGCAGCCGCGCUUCCUGGAGGACGAAGGGUUUUACAUCGGGGCCAGGCCGGAGGUGCCGCGCCGCAGCCAGAACAUCAUGGAGAACAGACUGCUCGUGCAGGAGUCGGGGAGGAAAUGGUUUGGAGAUGAUGGGAGAAUUAUCGCCCUGCCGAACCCCAUCAAGCCUUUUCCUUCAAGGCCCCCAGUGUUGCCCCCCGGGCACGGCACCAAGGCUGAACUUGAAACGCUGUAUAAAAAGGCAGUGAAAUACAUGCACCCCAGCCAGCGUCAGAUGGGACCCGGAGACGCUCCCGGAAACUUCCAGCUGGACAUUGAUAUUUCGGGCCUGAUCUUCACGCACCAUCCCUGUUUCAGCCGGGAGCACGUCUUGGCAGCCAAACUGGCCCAGUCCUAUGACCAGUACCUUGCGAGGCGCCAGAGGAACAAGACACAAUUUCUCACCGAUAAGCUUCAAGCACUAAGAAAUGCUGUUCAGAUGGGCCUUCAUCCAGCAAAAAGUCACAAGUCUUUGGAGACACCCCCCAAAACCAUCCAGGAGUAUAAGUCUGAAAUCUGGCAAACAAGAAAACUGCGUGAUGCUGAGCAAGAAAAAGAUCGAACACUGCUGAAGACCAUCAUCAAAGUCUGGAAAGAGAUGAAAUCCCUUCGAGAGUUCCAGAGAUUUACAAACACACCCUUGAAACUUGUUUUGAGAAGGGAGAAGGUGGACCAGAGCGCGGACCAAGACGCCUAUGACGCGGAGCUCCGCGCCGAGAUCAGCGAGCGGCUGGAGGAGCGCGCGGCCCAGUACGAAGCCGAGCUGGCCGAGUUCCGCGCCGCGCAGCAGCGGUGGAGAGCCUGGAAGAAGGCCCAGAGAGCUAAGAAGAAGAAAAAGAAGAAGAAGAGGAAGAAGAAACAAGAGGGGGAGGAAGCUCAGGAGGCUGAAGAGGAGGAAGCUGAGGAGGAGGAGCAGGAGGAGGAGGAGGAGGAGGAGGAGCCGCAUGCCGAGGAUGAGCCGGUGAAGCCCGUCCCGCCAGAGCCCGUGGACCGGGCAGCGGUGGAGCAGCAGGCCCGGGAGCGGGCAGCGCAGAGCAGGAGGAGACCCGGGGAGCCCCUGCUGGUCCCUGAGCUGAGUCUGGCCGGCAGCGUCACCCCCAAUGACCAGUGCCCCAGGGUGGAGGUGGCACGCAGAGAGGAUGUCAAGAGGCGCUCGGUGUACUUGAAGGUGCUCUUCAACAACAAGGAGGUGUCCAGGACCGACAGCCGGCCCCUCGGGGCAGACUUCCGCGUGCACUUCGGACAGAUCUUCAAUCUGCAGAUCUUCAACUGGCCAGAGACUUUGACACUGCAGGUGUAUGAGACGGUCGGACACGGGGGCGCCACCUUGCUGGCCGAAGUGUUCCUGCCCAUCCCCGAGACCACCGUGGUCACUGGCAGAGCCGCUAUUGAGGAAGUGGAGUUCAGCAGUGACCUGCAGGUGGCGCUGGACCACGAGGGCGUUGGCAGUGGGGUGCCCUUCUCCUUCGAAGCUGACGGCAGCAACCCACUGAUCCUAAUGACCUCGGGGAAAGUGGCCAACAGCGUGGCGUGGGCUGUCGGAGAAAACGGGAUCCCUCUCAUCCCGCCCCUGUCACAGCAGAACGCCGGAUUCAGGAGUGUGUUGAGGAGAGCGGACGCCAUCUCCUCCAUCGGGACGUCGGGACUGACGGAUAUGAAGAAGUUGGCCAAGUGGGCAGCGGAGUCCAAGCUCGACCCGAAUGACCCCAACAAUGCCCCUCUGAUGCAGCUGAUCUCGGUUGCCAACAGUGGUGAAUCCUAUGUCCCUGAUUUCUUCCGAUUAGAGCAGCUCCAGCAAGAAUUUAACUUUGUUUCAGAUGAGGAAUUAAAUAGAUCCAAAAGAUUCCGACUUCUCUGUCUCAGAAACCAAGAGGUGCCCGAAUUUCGAAACUAUAAGCCAGUUCCACUGUAUGAUCGAGAAAUCAUGGAGAAAGUGUUCCAGGACUAUGAGAAACGGUUACGGGACAGAAAUGUCAUUGAAACCAAAGACCACAUCGAUGCCCACAGAGCCGUAGUAGCCAAGUACCUGCAGCAGGUUAGAGAGUCCGUGAUAAACCGCUUCCUGAUUGCAAAGCACCAUUUUCUUCUCACCGAUUUGGUGGUAGAAGAAGAAGUCCCCAACAUCAGUUCUGAAGGCUCGGGCAUUUUGGGCCUGAGCCUUUUCAAGCUGGCAGAGCAGAAGCGACCCCUGCGGCCCAGGAGGAAGGGGCGGAAGAAGGUGACAGCCCAGAACCUGUCAGAUGGGGACAUCCGGCUGCUGGUGAACAUCGUCCGGGCCUACGACAUCCCUGUGCGGAAGGCCAGCGCCAGCAAAUUCCAGCAGCCAUCGAGAGCCUCGAGGAUGUUCAGCGACAGGCACGCGGCCUCCCCAGUCACUCACAGCCCGACCCACAGCGCUGACCCCAGCCUCGGCCAGGUUUUAGUACGGCCUUUUGUAGAAGUCUCUUUUCAACGAACCAUCUGCCACACGACAACGGCGGACGGGCCGAACCCCAGCUGGAAUGAGGAGCUCGAGCUUCCCUUCAGGGCCCCCAGCGGGGACUACAGCACCACCAGUUUGCAGUCAGUGAAAGACGACGUGUUCAUUAACAUUUUUGAUGAGGUUCUCUAUGAUGUCUUAGAGGAUGACCGUGAGAGAGGAAGUGGAAUCCACACCCGAAUUGAGAGACACUGGUUGGGUUGCGUGAAAAUUCCAUUUAGCACCAUUUAUUUCCAAGCCAGGAUCGACGGGACCUUCAAGGUGGACAUCCCGCCCGUGCUCCUGGGCUACAGCAGGGAGCGGAGCGCGGCCGAGAGGGGCUUCGACCCCGCGCGGAGCCCGAGUGACGGCCCCUACCUCACUCUCUUCAUCACCAUGGAGCCGCAGCUGGUGCCGGGGGAGCCCAUCCGAGAAAAGUUUGAUUCGCAGGAAGAUGAGAAAUUACUUCAAGCAACAGAAAAAUUUCAAGCUGAAUGUGCCUUAAAGUUUCCAAACCGUCAGUGCUUUACCACUGUGAUCGACAUCAGUGGAAAAACUGUUUUCAUUACACGUUAUCUCAAGCCUCUGAACCCCCCUCAGGAGCUCCUCAACGCCCACCCCAAUAACCCACAGGCAACGGCAGAGCUGGUGGCUCGGUACGUGUCUCUGAUCCCCUUCCUGCCAGACACGGUCUCCUUUGCCGGCGUCUGUGAUCUCUGGAGCACCUCGGAUCAAUUUCUUGAUCUCCUGGCAGGAGACGAAGAAGAGCAUGCGGUGCUGCUGUGUAAUUAUUUCCUCUCCCUGGGGAAGAAGGCCUGGCUCGUGAUGGGAAACGCUAUUCCUGAGGGGCCAACUGCCUAUGUGCUAACCCGGGAGCAGAGUCACUACUUGAUAUGGAACCCCUGCAGUGGGCACUGUUACGGACAAUUCGAUACGUUCUGUCCCUUAAAAAGUGUGGGCUGCUUAAUAGGUCCCGAUAAUAUUUGGUUUAAUAUCCAACGAUAUGAUUCCCCACUAAGGAUCAAUUUUGAUGUCACCAGGCCCAAGUUAUGGAAAUCUUUCUUUUCAAGAAGCUUUCCAUAUCCUGGCCUUUCCAGUGUUCAGCCAGAAGAGCUCAUUUACCAACGCACAGAUAAAGCGGCCGCAGCUGAGCUCCAGGACAGGGUUGAAAAAAUACUCAAAGAGAAGAUCAUGGCCUGGCGGCCGCGGCAGCUGACCCGCUGGAACAGGUACUGCACGUCCACGCUGCGCCACUUCCUGCCCCUGCUGGAGCAGAGCCGCGGGGAAGACGUGGAGGACGAGCACCGGGCCGAGCUGCUGCGGCAGCUGGGCGACUACAGGUUCUCGGGAUUCCCGCUCCACAUGGCCUACUCGGACACGAAGCCGCUGGUCGAAGCCGUGUACAGCACAGGAGUCCACAACAUUGAUGUUCCCAACGUGGAAUUCGCCUUGGCUGUGUAUAUUCACCCGUACCCCAGAAACGUGCUGUCCGUUUGGAUCUACGUUGCCUCCCUUGUACGCAACAGAUAGUAUUUUCACAGUACUUUUUAUAUCAUAUAAAAUUUGUAAUUAGGGUAAGACACUUUGGGUUUUGUUGUUUUGAAUUUUCACUGCCUUAUCACUGGUUAACAAUAUUAUGGAAUUUCAGGGGUAACUGUUACCACUCCCAACACCCCAGUUCCAGUGUCACCCAUAAAAUACCUCUCUCCUCAUUCCCCUCCUUUCCCUCAGGAAACCACUGUUUACAGAGUCUAGCACUGACUUUUAUGUACUUGCUAGUUGCUUUUGUACAAUUAGAACAUGAAUACAUCAUGAGUGAGACCCUCCAUGGUUGUCUUUCACUUCACCUAACAUCAUCACCUCUACAUCCCCCUGCCCCAGGGCACGCCUGGACUUGAACGGCCUAGUAGUAUCCCUCUGGGUAUACAAUCACCGCUGCCUGAGUUUCCUUCCAGCAGGCGUGCAGUGUGGGGCCACGGCUUACUAUUGUGAACAAUGUUGCUGUGAGCCUGGGAGUAGGAACAGCCCUUCAUUAGUAAUUUCAGAAUAUGUGGAAAAUUUUAAUUGAUAAAAAUUUCAGUUGAUCCUUUAAUUGAUAAGAAUCACAAGGGAGAAAAUGUUAUUUCUAAAUAAUGACAUUAAAAUAUCAUUAUUUUUUAAAUGGUACAGUGUCUUAGUCCGCCUGCAUGUGUGCCUCUUUGACCCUAGAAUCCCGUAGUUUCCACCAUCGGAGCUUCCGUACAGCCCCCCACUUCUGCUCGGAAUGCGUCUCCUAGCCAACAGAGCUGUGACUGCACUUUAAAGAUCCAGCAAAAAACAACUUUUCUGAAGAAACGUAUUUGCUAAUUAAACACCUCCAAAGACCUCAUCCUGUAAAAAUAAUUAAGCAUACACUAAUAAACAUGUGUCACACGCGCACACACACACACACAGUAAAGCAAUAUACUGUACUUGGGAAAAAGAAAUGUAUUUCAGGAUUCAUCAAAAUAGGAACUAG